AUGAGUGCUUGGCAAGGUCUCGAGCCACACGACCUGCUCUAUAUGGUCGAAGAAGGUAUGGUGACAGCAAAGGACGUCGCAGGGGAGUACGCGUACGAGAUGUGCAAGAAAUGCACGAGCGAGGAGUGUGCAGACGCCAUCUCAAAGCAGACCGGCGAGGAGUUCGAUGCGAACAACUUUUGGCAGCGUGUUGUGAACCAUCUGAUUCGCAAGGUUGGGUCGAAGGAUAGAAGCCCACAAGGACCACUGAGGACGGCAAUCGAUGCCCUUCAAGCCGAGAGAAUUGCAAACGGACUGACCGUCAGCGAGGGGCGGAAGAAGAAGUGA